AUGAGCUCCCUCCAGUCGUCGAUUUCGAGAAGUCGGCGGCCACAAUCCUCGAAAGCGACUAGCGUUGGCUCUAGAAGUGGAAGAUCUUCAGCAUACGGCAAAGACUUUCAACAGCAUCUUGCUGACUAUAAUGUGCACGUGAACAACUGGCGUUCAAAAGCUCUAAAUGCUACAGAAAUGCAAUCAGAGCUAGCCCAUGAAAGGGCAUCAUUAUCUCCAUCUCAAUUCUCUGAAAGUGAUUUUGAAGAAUUCCGCAGAAAAAAUGAGGACCCGGCCUUGGAGAGCGAGGUUAUAACCUCUGUCCUUCCCAUUCUAUGUGGCAACUCGAGCAUUCAUAACAAGCAGAACGUCCUAUUUACUGAGCUGGAGCCCAUCACAAACUCAGGUGCUGUACAGCCGAAACCAGAUUUUUUUGAUGGAGCUCGCCUAGGUGAUCUUGAUCAGAAUAUCAGGAAUGAUGAGGGCAUACUAUCAGCAGCCAUUCCUACCAAGCAUCCUAACGUCCCGGUAGUGCCGAACUUCUUCUUAGAAGUCCAAGGCCCUGAUGGAAAUGCUUCCGUGGCCCAGCUGCAAGCUUGUUAUGACGGGGCCUAUGGGACUCGCGCUAUCCACGCCUUACAAAACUACAAAGAGACCGAACCAAUAUAUGACGGCAAUGCCUACACCUAUAGCUCGACCUAUUACGCCGGCACGGGUACUCUUCAGCUCUACGCCCAUCAUGUUACGGCGCCUGCGACCGUCAAUAAUGAGCGACCCAAAUACCACAUGAUACAGAUUGAUGGAUGGCAAAUGACAGGUAAUAUUAAUUCCUUUCGGCGCGGGGCGACCGCUUUUCGAAACGCUAGAGACUCGGCGCAACGAUACCGAAAUCACUUUAUACAGGCUGCGAAUGCCAAAGCCACCCAAACUAUGCCAAGCGUGCAAGAAAACCUGAAUGACUCUACCCCCCACGACUCCAGAGAAGAUCCAGCAUACACAACCCUGCAAGACGCGGACGACGCGCUUCAGCAACAGCUCGCCUUGGAAGACGAAGACGAAGCAAUAUCUUAUGGGAACGAAGGCUCGUCAAAUCCCGGCCAGGGAUCCCCAACUCUCAAGGCUCCGAUGCAGAAACGUUCGAGGCCUUGCACAAGCCCCCCGUUUUAUUCCAAGUAUUCCAAGAGGAAUCACUAG